AUGGGAAUCCUUCAGGUCAACAAGGGCUUCCGAUUCGACGGCGGCGCCCUCGGGAGCGGUUGCAUAAUUCUCGUAUUACCGGAAUACGAAAUUUCUCAUGUCAGAUGGAUCCGAUGCUUCCUGUUCCGCAAGUUCCGGUCGCCAAGAUGCAAUGCUCGAUUGCCCCUUGUUCAUCAGCCGCUAAGCAAGCGACAAUGCAGCCCACCUCCAACUCGGCACUCAGCCGUCAGCACCGGCGACCUCAUCGCAAGUCCCGAAAUGGCUGUCUCAACUUGCGACGAGACAAAGCCCAUGUGCUUCAACUGCAUGCGCUUCAACGUCCCCUGUAGCUUCGACCCUCACUCUCCUCCCACCUAUGGCCCAAUACCAAAGGCCCUUUCCGACGAGCUGGAGGCAAACCAGAAGAGUUUGCCUCAUCGGGGUCCGGGUCGUCCGCGCAAAGACUGGGCUGCCCUCGGCAAUGCUCUCAGAGAGGCAACAGCCCCGGGAUCGCCAACUUCAAACGCCUCAACCACUUCUUCGGCUUCCCCUCCGGCCGACUCGGAAGCCUGCUCACUAAACGUUGUCGAUGCUGAUUUGAUGCUUCACUUUAUCCAUCACACCGCUGGGACACUCUCCAAACCAAAUGACCGUAUAGGCCACUUCUGGCGGAACAACGUCCCCAGGAUAGGCUUUUCUCAUCACUUCGUGCUGCAUCUCAUCUACGCCCUGGCUGGUUUCCACCUCGCCUACUUAGAACCCGCCGGGUCCGAUAGUCGAGCUCGGCAUCGCUCGAUAGCCACCCAACACUCGGAAGUAGGCCUCAAGAAGCUCAACGAGACGCUUUCAAACAUCACGGAGGAAAAUUGCGGUGCCCUGUACGUCGCCGCAACGGUCGUGUCUUACUGCGCCUUUGCUGCCGGUCCGACAUCGCCCAAGGAUCUGCUCGUCUGUAAGGUUGGAGACGAAGCCACACUUCAGCAACUGCCAUUGAUACACGGCGUUCGAUUGAUCAGACAGACUGUAGAUCCUGCCACGCUCUUCACAGGACUCUUGGAACCCCUUGCAGACACUGGGCCAGAAGAAGAGGUCGAGAGCUCUGCGCAUCCGCACAUUGACUGGAGCGAACCCUUUACCAAAUUACGACAGUGGUUGACCACCAACCCGAGCAUCAACAUGACCAUCUACGAUCACGCUCUCUCAUCUCUGUCUUCGAUAUACGAGGCCAACUACGGCAGCGAAAAGGGCGCGUGCAAAGUUCCUUCGAGUAAUCAGCUCAUAUUUGGCUGGCUCUAUCGUCUACAGGAGACAUUCAUCGCAGCUUUGAAACGACAGGAGCCACCAGCCUUGCUCAUCUUUGCCUAUUACGCCCCUCUAAUAGCAAUACUUGAGGAGGCAUGGUUUCUAGAGGGCUGGUCAGAGCAUCUCGUCGACUCCAUUAGGACAAUGCUCAGUGACGAGUUGUCUACUUUUAUAGAAUGGCCGACAAACGUAGUGGGAAAGGUAUCGAAAAUUCAUGCUCGCAUGUAG